UGCAGCAGCUGACCUUUGACCUGUGAGCUUCAGACUCUUUGCUGGUGUGAAGUGUUUAAUGUGACUUCAGCCUGCAGACACAGAGGACUGAUGAAGCAGAAGAUUGUCUCUGUUUCUACACAGACCUGGUCCAGACAGCAGAGCUGCAGAGUGAAGACGUUCAUGGGAAGAAGCUGACAGCAUGGAUCAGUGUGAGGACAGAGAGGAGGGAGUCCCUCCCUCUAAAAGCACUCUGUGUGGGGAACAUGAGAGCCAGACCAAAGCUCAGAGGAACCCACCUGGACCUCCACCCAGCUCUGUGUCCUAUGAAAGUAACCGAGUCAAAGAUGUCAUUAAAAAAUUUGAGCAAAGACAGUCAGCUGAGAAAAAGAUCCAUCAAAGACUCAAACCUGGACCUCCACCCAGCUCUGUGUCCUUAAAGAGUGACCGGUCCAAACAUCGAGGCAUUGAUUUUAAAUCCCAGCCUGUGUCUGCAGCAGAGAGAGGUCAGAGGUCACAGUCUGCAGGAUCCAGCUGUCCAUCUGUGAGGAGUGAUGAGUCCAAAGAUAAACCUCCAGACUUCAGUGCUGAACCUGGACCAACGAGGAUCAAUAAGAGCCCAGAAUCUCCUGGACCUGAACCCAGCUGUGUGUCUCUAAAGAGCAACAUGUCGAAGGAAGUUGUUAUAAACUUUAAAGGCUGUUCUUCUGCUGCUGAGAGAGCUUCUGCACAGUGUGGAGAAAGAUCCAGAAGCAGAGCUGGACUGCAGACAGCCAGUCAGAGCAGCUGUGUACAAACAGAUGUUGGUCUGCAGGAGGUUUUAGAUGAACAUAAGAUCAGUCUGAGGAGGAGAUGUGAACGUGUGACUGAAGGAAGUGAUGAAACAGGAAGUAGAGCCCUCCUCAACAGGAUCUACACUGAGCUCUACAUCACAGAGGGACAGAGUGAAGAGGUUCAUACCCAACAUGAGGUGAGGCAGCUGGAGACAGCUUCCAAGAUGGACGCCCUCCAUGACGCUCCAAUCAGGUGCCAGGACAUCUUUAAAGCCUUACCUGACCAACAGAGACCCAUCAGAGUGGUUCUGACCAACGGCGUGGCUGGUGUUGGAAAAACCUUCUCAGUGCAGAAGUUCACUCUGGACUGGGCAGAGGGCUUGGAGAACCAACAUGUCAGUGUGGUGGUUCUGCUUUCAUUCAGGGAGCUGAACCUGAUCAGAGAUGAGCAGUACAGUCUUCUGGAGCUGCUCCAUGUUUUCCAUCCAACAUUACAGAAGGUCACAGCAGAGAAGCUGGCUGUCUCUCAGCUUUUGUUCAUCUUUGACGGCCUGGAUGAAAGCAGACUUUCAUUGGAUUUCACCAACAGGAAGCUGCUGUCUGAUGUCACACAGAAGUCAUCAGUCAGCCAGCUGCUGACAAACCUCAUCCAGGGGAAUCUGCUUCCCUCGGCUCUCGUCUGGAUAACUUCCCGACCCGCAGCAGCCAAUCAGAUCCCUCCUACAUGUGUUGACAGGCUAACAGAAGUACGAGGCUUCACUGACGCCCAGAAGGAGGAGUACUUCAGGAGGAGAUUCAGUGAUGAAGAGCUGUCCAGCAGAAUCAUCUCCCACAUGAAGACAUCCAGGAGCCUCCACAUCAUGUGUAGUAUCCCAGUCUUCUGCUGGAUCACUGCUACAGUUCUGGAGCACAUGUUGACUACAGAGCAGAGAGGAGAGCUGCCCAAGACCCUGACUGACAUGUACUCACACUUCCUGCUGGUUCAGACAAAGAGGAAGAAGAACAAGUACCAUGAGGGACAUGAGACGAGUCCACAGGAGCUGACGGAGGCUGACAGGGAAGUUCUUCUGAAGCUGGGGAGGCUGGCGUUUGAACAUCUGGAGAAAGGAAACAUCAUGUUCUACCAAGAAGACCUGGAGCAGUGUGGUCUGGAUGUGACAGAGGCCUCGGUGUACUCAGGAGUUUGUACAGAGAUCUUCAAAAGAGAGUGUGUGAUCUUCCAGAAACCAGUCUACUGCUUUGUUCAUCUGAGCAUUCAGGAGUUUCUGGCUGCAGUCUACAUGUUCCACUGUCACACCAACAGGAAGACAGAGGUGCUGGAGGACUUCCUUAAACCAAAAUCUUUGACCCUGCUGAUUUACAGUGUUUUUGAUGACAAAGAUCUCCAAUCACUUGAUGUAUUUCUGAGGAGAGUCAUGGAGAAAUCCCUCCAGAGUAAAAAUGGCCACCUGGACCUGUUUGUUCGCUUCCUUCAUGGCCUCUGUCUGGAGUCCAACCAGAGACUCUUAGUAGGUCUGCUGGGUCAGACAGAGAACAGUCCAGAAACCAUCCAGAGAGUCAUCAACAACCUGAAGGAGAUGAACAGUGAUAAAAUCUCUCCUGACAGAAGCAUCAACAUCUUCCACUGUCUGAUGGAGAUGAACGACCUCUCAGUACAUCAGGAGAUCCAAGAGUUCCUGAAGUCAGAGAACAGAUCAGAGGAGAAACUCUCUGAGAUCCAGUGCUCAGCUCUGGCCUUCAUGCUGCAGAUGUCAGAGGAGGUUCUGGAUGAGUUGGACCUGCAGAAGUACAACACAUCAGAGCGGGGACGACAGAGACUGAUUCCAGCUGUGAGGAACUGCAGAAAGGCUCGACUGACUCAGUGUCGACUCUCAGAGUCUCACUGUGAAGUUGUGGCCUCAGCUCUGAAGUCCAACCCCUCCCAUCUGACAGAGCUGGACAUGGGUGGAAACAGAUACCUGCAGGAUUCAGCAGUGAAGCUUCUGUGUGCUGGACUGGAGAGUCCAAACUGUCGACUGGAGACUCUGAGGCGGAGCUGAUGAUGGUAAACAGGACGGUGUGUGUGCUGAGAGAGGAGCAGCUGUGUCCUGAUGAUCCAGAGAGGUUGAAGCAGCAGCAGCUUGUGUGUAGAGACGCUCUGACUGGGCCAUGUUACUGGGAGGUGGAGA